GGAGAGAGAGGACCUCGGCCGGCUUUCUCCGAGCACGCUCUCCGCACAGAUGCCCUGGAGUCGGUCUGCUGUAGCUAAUGUUCCGUGUCCUUCUGUGUCUGUCUUCUUUCCCAGAACACUUGAAGGAGAAGCUGGAAGAGUACAUGGCUCGGUUUUCCAAAGUGAGGAUCGUCCGCACCAGGAAAAGGGAAGGGCUGAUCCGGACCCGACUCCUGGGGGCGUCCGUGGCCAGAGGCGAGGUCCUGACGUUCCUCGACUCCCACUGUGAGGUCAACGUCAACUGGCUGCCCCCGCUCCUCAACCAAAUUGCACUAAACCACAAGACCAUUGUUUGCCCCAUGAUCGACGUCAUUGACCACAAUCACUUUGGGUACGAGGCGCAAGCCGGGGAUGCCAUGCGUGGUGCCUUCGACUGGGAAAUGUACUACAAGAGGAUCCCCAUCCCACCAGAGCUGCAGAGGGCGGACCCCAGUGACCCUUUUGAGUCUCCCGUUAUGGCUGGAGGUCUCUUUGCCGUGGAUCGCAAAUGGUUUUGGGAGUUGGGUGGCUAUGAUCCAGGUCUGGAGAUCUGGGGAGGAGAGCAGUAUGAAAUUUCUUUCAAGGUAAGCCGGCAGCACCCUUGCCACACUAGGUUGGCCUCUUUUUGACAAUUCUAAUGGAAUGGCGACAUUUCGUUUUGUGACCUAUGUUAUAAAUUGACAUCGAAAACAGACAUGUCAUUUUCCCACCUCAGCUUUUGGCUGAGAGAGGCUACUUCCUCCUGAAGCUUCAGAGAGACGCAGUCAUGCCAUCAUAGUCAAGCAGAGGAGAAAGAGCUCGGGAUGCCACUUGCAGGCAGGAGCCACGAUGCGCCAGCGCCCUGCGGCUCCACCGGCAGUGUGUUCCUUCUCAGGCCCCCAGAGCAGAGAGACAGGGGCAAGGAGGUGACAACAGUGGAAUUACUGGAGCCUCUGCCCUUUGUGCUU